AUGUUCAUUAUCUAUCUAUCUAUCUAUCUAUCUAUCUAUCUAUCUAUCUAUCUAUCUAUGAUUCUUCAUAUCUAUCUCAGAUUCAUCAUAUCUAUCUAUCAAUCUAUCUAUCUAUGUUCAUUAUCUCUUGAUCUUAGUUUGUUCAUUAUCUAUCUAUAUAUCUAUCUGGCUUUUCCGUUUAUUAUCUAUUUAUCUAUCUAUGUUCAUUAUUUCUUGAUCUCAGUUUGUUCAUUAUCUAUCUAUCUAUCUAUCUAUCUGACUUUUCCGUUCAUUAUCUAUCUAUCUAUCUAUGUUCAUUAUCUCUUGAUCACAUUUGUUCAUUUUCUAUCUAUCUAUCUAUCUGGCUUUGUACAUUAUCUAUCUAUCUAUCUAUCGUUAAGCCUUGUAUGGAGUUUGUUAGGAUUUGCUCUAUCCGAUUCUUCUUCUUCUUCUUCUUCUUCUUCUUCUUCUUCUUCUUCUUCUUCUAACUCUUCUCUUUCUUCUCCUCCCUUUUCUUUCAACAUUCUUUUUUCUUCUUCAUUGUCUCUCUUUCAUAACCCUUCUUCUUCCUCUUUUUCUUUCUUACUUCCGGUUCGCCAUUUAUUCUUCCCUUUGCUUUUCCUUUUAUCAUUUACUUGCUCCUUUUCUUUCUUUUCUUCACUUGUUUUUUCUUCUUUACGCCAUUAUCUCCUUCCAUUAAUUUCUCAAUUCCUACUUCUUCUUCUUCUUUUUCUUCUUCUUCUUCUUCUUCUUCUUCUUCUUCUUAUUAUUAUUAUUAUUAUUAUUAUUAUUAUGUCUUUCAUUCUUUCUUUCUUUUGCCUUUGUUCUUUUCUUCGCCUUUCUUUCUUUGCCUUUUUUUCUUCGUCUUUCUUUUUAUGUUUUUCCUCUUCCUUUUCUUCCUACUUCUGUUUGCUUUUUUCUUCUUCUCUUCUUCAUCUCCUUCAUCUAUUUUCUUUUUUUCUUCAUUCUUUCUUUUUGCCAAUCUUCUUACCACUCAUCUUCUCAUUUUUUAUUUCUUCUUCAUCUUCUUCUUCUUCUUCUUCUUUUUCUUCUUCUUCUUCUUCUUCUUCUUAUUAUUAUUAUUAUUAUUAUUAUUCCUGUUUCUUUCUUUCUUUUGCCUUUGUUCUUUUUUUCGCUUUUCUUCUUUUUCUUCUUCUUUUUCUUCUUCUUUUUUAUUUCUUCUUUUUAUUAUUAUUAUUAUUCUUUUAUUUUUCUCCUAUUUUUGUUUUUCAUCAUCCUCUUUUCCCCUCUUUGUCUUAUCAAUUUUCUUCUUCCAUUUCAAAUUUUAUUUUCUUUCUAUCUUCGUCUGUUUAUUUUUAUUUUUCUUCCUUCUUUUUUUGUGUAUUUUUUAAAUCUUCUUAUUAUUAUUCUAUUUCACUCUUUCUUUCAUUAAACUUUUUUCCUUCGUCUUUCUUUCCUUUUUUUCACCUUAUUUCUUCUACUAUUUUUAUUUACUUAUUUAUUUCUUCUUCUUUUUCCUUUUCUUUCAUCAUUCUAUUUUCUUCUUCUUUGUUUCUCCUUCCUAAACUUUCUUCUUUUUCUUCUUCUUCUUCGAACUUUUCUCCUCUUUCUCCUCUCUUUUCUUUCUACUUUCUCUUUUCCAUUUAUGCUUCCCUUCACUUUUUCUUCCAUGUUUUCUUCCACCUUGUCAUCUUUCUUCUCUUCACUUGUCUUUUUCUUCUUUCCGUCCUCAUCUUCUUCCAUUAA